AUGGACGCCGCAGCGCUCAGGCCGCACUUAGUGCGCCACUCCCUCAGCCCCGCGCACCUCUCGCGCGCGCCUCUCGGUCGUGCCAACACCGCCUCCCGCCGCGCGCAUCGUCUUCCGCCCCUCCGCGCGCGCGCAUCGGGCGGCGGCGGCGGCUUACCCAAGGGACAGGGCCUCAUCGGCCUCAACGGCCAGCCGCUCUCGUCCAGCCCCGGCGGUACCGGCGGCGGUUCCGGGAGCGGGGGGAUGUACCUGCCGUUUCUAAAGCCGGCGGAGCGCGCGGCGGAGGAGGGGCUGGGGUCGGUAGAGGAGCUGCUAGAGGUCGUGCGCGAGCGCCGCGGGCUGUGGUACGAGUACGCGCCCGCCAUCGGCGCGCUGGGGCGGCAGGGGCUGUCGCCGGCGGCGAUCGCGGAGGCGACGGGCAUGACGGGCGUGGAGCAGAGCGCCGUCACCACGGCGGCGCAGGUGCGCGCGACGCUGAGCGCCGCGCAGAUGGAGCCCGCGCUGCUCGCGUUCUUUGACGUGGGCGGCGCGGAGGCGCUGUACGAGCUGCGCGUGCUGGCGGGCGCGCAGCGGAAGGAGGCGGCGGAGUACGUUGCGCGCGAGGGGCUGGACGGGAAGGGUGCGCGGGACGUGGCGCGCGCGAUCAAGGAGUACGAGCGGCGCAAGAGAGAGGCGGACCGCAGCCACUUCAGUGCGGAGCCGGGAGACUUGGCACGGCUGCGCAGCGCUGAGACCCAGGCGACGCCCAUGCCCGUGGUGACCUGUGCUGCGGACCUGCAGCACCUGCCCGUGCUGCCACCCCCGCAGGGCCCCUUCCGCCUCUUCUCCCCCGCGCCCGGGCUCCCGUGGGUGGCGCUGCCCUCGUGGCCCGCCCUGCGGGGCGUGCCCGCGCUGCUGGCGCUGCUGCUGCCUUCGCCCUCCCUGCUGCCGCCCCUGCAGGCACGGCAGGGGGAUGGCGCGGUGCUGGUGGUGGUGCAGGGCGCGUGGGGGGAGGGCAGUGCGGUGGAGGGCGGGCACUACUAUGUGGUGAGGGAUGCGGAGAGGGGCGGGGAGAGGGGGCUGGUGGUGGUGGCGGGGGGGGAGGUGGCGGAGCGGUAUGGGUCGGAGGCAGGGGAGGCUGUGGUGGGGCGAGUGGUGCUGGCGCUGCUGCCCCCUGACAGCGAGGAGGAGGAAGAGGAGAUUGAUGUGGAUGACUGGGAGUGA